UGAAAAAACUCAGAGAAAACAGGUGGUUGAAUCGGAAUAUACCGCUGUAAAACAGAUUGAUGACUCAACUUUGGACUUCCGUACAUUGGAGGCACCAGUUCUUAAAGAUGAACAUACUCCGAGUUUAAGCAAGAACAACUUGAGUCCGUUCAAACCGGAUGAGUUCAGUAUGUCAUCGUUGACGAGUGUGGAGUCGGCUAAACGAUCUCUGAGUGAAAACUUCGCCCAAUCUUUCGAUGAAAAUCAAGACAUGAGCUUAAAUUUCAACUCUUUAUUACAAGAUAAUGAGAAUAUAUCCAAAGGACAAGUCAAGUCUGCUAAUGACAUGAAUGAGGGAAGGUCGUACAAUUCAUCAGAGUUUGGUUCAGGGCUAGAGGCCGACACAAGUUUAGAUAGCUACCUAGAAAACAUGACACUACAUGAUUCUAAUAUUGCCAAUCGACAGAAGAGUAUGAUGUCAUUUAAUUCCUUUGACUCGGCAAAUGUGCAGGUCAUAGAGCCGAAGCAAAAGGAGCAGGCGAGUUUUUCCCAGUUUCAAAAGUUGACGACAUCAAAGUCUGUUAAAGCUGGUGAAAGUACGACAGAAGUGAAUGUUGACACACCACAGCCAAACAGUAUCAGUAAAGACAACCUGUAUGAUCGUACUAAGUUCGACUCAAAGAGUGACGACUUUCGUGAGCUGAAGGAUGAAAAUGAACGCAGCCAGUUGAAUAUUACUGAAACAGCUUCUUAUGAGAAGGACGAGGAUGAUAUUGAAGAUGUGGAUAUAAAACUUAGACAAUACCAGCAAGAGUUAGCUGCCCCUGCUUUAGCCGGGAAAAAUGUGAUCAUUGUAGCUCCGACAGGAUCGGGUAAAACUCGGGUAGCCAUGAGAAUAAUUCAGGACCAUAUACGACAGCAGAAGGGUCGAGCGAUCGCCAAGGUGGUAUUUCUUGUUAACCAAGUGGCAUUGGCCAAUCAACAAGGAAAUGCUUGCGGCGAACUGCUGAAAAAAUACACAUCCAAAGUUAUAACUGGAGAGUCUCAACGGAAAAGCGAGUGUUUAAAAGAUUUUAUAGACAAACGUGACAUACUGAUUGUUACCGCUCAAGUAUUACUGGACGCGUUAUUGAGGAAAGAGAUUAGUGGUAUAGACAAGUUCUCGCUCAUCGUGUUUGAUGAAUGCCAUCAUACCCACGCCAACCACACGUUCAAUCAGAUCAUGGGUCGAUACAUGGACCUGAAGUUCGAUAAACCUGAUAUUUCUUUACCACAGAUUGUGGGAUUGACAGCUUCUGUUGGUGUAGGUAAGGCCAAGAAUGAAGAAAAAGCUGUAGAACACAUCAAACAGCUGAUGGCCAAUCUAGAUGCUCAUGUUAUAUGUACUGUACAAAAGAAUGUGGGCGAACUUAGACAGCACGUCAGUUUACCAGAGGAAGAGACGUUCCGUGUUCCGAAGAGACGGAAUGAUACGUUCCAUGAUAAUAUCGUUAAACUGAUGAACACUAUAGAGAAACGAAUGAACCAGUCAUCUUUGGUGAAGGAGAUACCAGAAGCCACUAAGAUUGAAAGUGCUUUGAAAGCCCCUUCCCAGAAAGGCGCAGCUCAGUAUACUCAGUGGGUCAGCAAGCUGUGGCGGGAAACUGCAAAACUAAAAUUACCCGAUGCUAGAAGAUUUCUGAAUUCUUGUCGAGCUCAUUUAGAGCAUUACAACAAUGCACUGAUUAUUUAUAAUGACGCUAGAAUGGAGGACGCCCUCUCGUACCUCGAUGCCGAGAUGAAUAAAUGGAAAGAAAAUGCUAUCAUGGAUGAAAAUGAACUCGUUCUGCAUGGAGCUUUCAAAAAACUUCGAGGUGCAAGAUGUCGUAACUGUCCAAAUCCGAAGCUGGAUAAGUUAUGUGAGAUGAUAACGAAGGCAUACAAAGACAACUUUGAGAACUCACGAGGAAUUGUGUUUGUGAAGACGAGAGAUCUAUCGAAGGCGAUUCUAAGUUGGAUGAAGGAAACACCAGGAUUGAGGGAACUGAAUCCUAUAGUAUUUGUCGGAACAAACAUGGCUGCUGAUAAGGGAGGUAUGACAAAGGCAGAGCAAGUCGAUGCCCUCGAGUACUUCCGCAAUGGCCAUCAUAAGUUGAUAAUAGCAACCUCUGUUGCCGAGGAAGGUCUUGAUAUCUCCAAGUGUAAUCUCGUCAUCAGAUACGAUCAUGUGACCAAUGAGAUAGCUAUGGUCCAAUCUAGAGGUAGAGGCAGAGCAGAAGACAGCAAGUAUUUUGUGAUAGCGGAGGAGAAUACAGGUAUGGCAGAGAAAGAAGAACUUAACAUGAUAAGAGAAGUGAUGAUGAGAAAAGCUAUCAUUCAGCUACAGGACUACAUUCAGCAUAGUCCAGAUAAAUUUCGAAAAGAGAUCCAGAAAUUCCAAGACGAGGCAAACUUAGAUCGGCAAUUAAAGUCGCUAGGAUCGAGAAGGAAACUGGUAAGAUCGGGACAGUUCGAGCUGCGUUGUGUAAAAUGUGAUCAUUUUAUAUGCUGGUCCGAUGAUAUUAAAAAGGUUCAAGAUUCCCACCAUGUUGUCAUUGACAAGUACCUGUCACAAAGGGUUACAUUUGUUAAGUGUGGGUCGACUAGAUAUCAAGACGAUGCCAUCCAGUUUGUAGGGAAAUUGAUUUGUAAGGAUUGUGGUGGUAACCUUGGAGUUAUAUGUAUACACAGGACAUUGGAAUUUCCGGUUCUAAAAAUAGAACAUUUCCUGAUUGUUGAUACAAAUGGCAGGCAGGACACGUGUAAGAAAUGGAAAUCGGCCCCGUUCAUUGUUCCGCCACUUACAAAUGAUGAUUGGAAGGAGAUAGUUAAAUCCAGGAAAGAAACUGGAGAACUGUAGAAUUAAUAAAUGGAGAAUAAUCAUGUUAAAUAAAACAUCAUUUUCCCUUUUUGCCAUUUAAACAGUAAUGACAAAGGUUGUAAGAGUUGAAAAAUAAAAUUAUAUAAUACAGUUUGUAUUAAAACAGGGUUUGCCUUCUUUUCCAUCCUUCUUUCCUGUUCUUUUUUCUCAUCCUUCUUGUCCAUCCUUCUUUUUCCAUCCUCCUUUCAAACUUACCAUUUCUCAGAGCACCUCCAUUUAUUGACUGCCUUCUUAGAUGUUGGUACCUUCCACGGACAUCUAUCCUUGUUUGCUGUUUCAGGCCUGUUGGGUCAAGGCUGCAGAGACUAAAAAUCAAUUUUCCCAUUUUUCCUCAUAGUAAGGCCACAUACAUAUAUUCAGCUUUGUUAAGCAGCAAUUGAUGUUGCCAAUAUUCUUUUUUUCAUCAUUUACAUGUAUAAUACAUUAUGAAAAUUUCUAUAGCACAUUUUUUUUUUAAAUACUGUGUUGUUUAUGUGAUAAGAUUAUGUGAUUAUGUUUCAUUUUUGAUGAGUUUAAGGUCUUUCAGAUUUGUUGUUAUUCAUGCAUUCAUAAAUCCUUGAAGGAUUUCUUCAAACCUGGCUCAAAAGUUCACCUUCAAAAUAAUAAUAAAUAGACCUACAUCAAAUCAUCCUGUGUCAUAGGGAUUGUUAGGGUUUUUACCACUUGUGUGGCAGCCCUUGUUUCCAAUGGACUGUAGGAAUUAUAUAAAAUCAGCAUGAAAGUGGAGGGGGGUGGGGGUUAACAUUUUAUUUUGAACAUUUUGCCCUCAUCUCCUGAUUGAAAUCAUUAUUUAUGUAGGCAUUUUGAUCAUUUUUGAAAAUAGUUAUUUUACUUUAUAAUAUUUAAUGGUGAAUUUGGUUUAUAAAUAGUUUAGUGUACACUAGUUAAAUGUCAUGUAUUUUAUGAUAAUUACUUCUAUUUAGUUCUAUUUAUGUGCAAUGUGACGAGAUAUUGCAUUGUUUAAGUUAUGAAGUAAAAUUUCUGUUCAGAAUGAAAUCCAUGAAAUUUUACAUUAUGAGAAUUGUAAAUUGUCCAAAGUCAGUUUUUUGAAAAAAUAUAUAUGUAUGUUCAGAUUAAUAUAAAUAAAUGAGAAAAAGUGUACCUUUUGUUAUAAACUCCUUUCUGCUCAGUGUUUAUAAAAAUG